UUAAAAUUCAAUUAAACCAUAUUUUUGUAAUUAUUUUUAUUGUUUCUGUCUAUUUGUGAAAUAAUUUUUUUUUUGACCAUUCCAAUAGAGAUGAUGAUGCCUCUAAUAUAUAAGAGUUUUUUUUUAUUAAAUGAAAAAGUAAAGGGUAUAAAAGUAAUUGAGAUAUACGACGUCGUCCAAGUCUUCCUUUUCCUUUCAACUCUCUUCUUCUUCUUCUUCCCACAGCUCACUGCAUCAGAAUCCAUAACGGUAGUCAAAGUCAAGUCCGUACACUCAAAACCUUUCUUUCUCUGUUUUCUCAUUCUCUCAUUUCAUCAAUGGACCAGCAAAAACCGCCAUUGUUACUCAUUCUCCUACUUCUUCUCUCCAUCAAAACCUUCUCAGCUACUCCACCUCGAGGAGUUCCCGUCGUCGUUUCUCCAACUCCGGCGCCUGUUUCUUCUCCGACAACCAAGAACGCCUCCUCCUCUCCUCCUCUUCCUCCAUCUUCAACCCCUUCUACUCCUUCUUCAGCUCUCGACCCAAAACAGCUCAGAGCUCUCCAAUCUCUCAACAUUCCCACAUCUAAAGAUCCCUGCACACAUCCCACUUCACUGCUCCAAAAGAACAACAUCACUCAAUGCGACUCAUCCAAGCCAUUCAGCCACCUUAUCUCACUUCGACUCCUCAACUGCUCAGACGACGUCGCUUUGUCCUUCACUGCUCUCAAAUCCCUUUCCACUCUUCAGUCUCUACAGUUCGUUAACUGCCCCAUUGCCCCGAUUAGCUUCCCGGCCGAGCUGACCGAGUCUCUCCGUUCCUUCACGUGUAUAAGAAGUCUCCGGAGAUUAACAGGCGUAUGGUUAUCUCGACUUCAAAACCUUACCGAUCUAACGGUUUCGAAUACUCAGGUUAACGCAAGUGGCCCUUUUGUGAUUCUUGGAAACAUGAAGAAGAUUAAGUCUGUGACUGUCUCAAAUGCGAAUUUGACUGGUUUUUUUCCGAGGCACAUGAAUCCGAAUCUUACUCACAUCGAUUUUUCAGGUAAUAAGCUUAGGGGAAGAAUACCUAGUACGAUUAGUCGCUUGGAAAAUCUUCUGAUCUUGAAUCUUUCUUCUAAUACAUUGAAUGGAGAAAUACCCGAUGCGAUUGGUGACCUAAUUUCGCUUAAAAAUCUCUCCUUGGCUUCGAACUCGUUGUCUGGGGCAGUUCCUGAUUCGUUUUCGGCAAUACCUAGUUUGGUUCACAUUGAUCUGAGCUCAAAUCAGCUCAACGGAACCAUUCCCAGAUACUUCACAGCAAUGAAGACAUUAAAGCACUUGAAUCUAGCUAACAACAACUUCCGUGGGGUAAUGCCGUUCAAUGCAUCGUUUAUAAGUAGAUUGGAUGUUUUCAAAGUCGGUGGGAACGAUAAUCUCUGUUACAAUAAAUCGAUUCUGUCAUCGAAAAUGAAGUUGGGAAUUUCUCCCUGUGAUAAACACGGGUUCCCUUUGUCUCCACCUCCGGCAAAAGAUUCAUCAGAAGAUGAUAGCAGUGAUUAUGACGACGACAGUAGUUCUGAUGAUACAACUCGAAAAGACCAUCAUCGUGGCCCAAACAAGUAUGUUCUUGGUGUGGCAAUUGGCCUCUCUUCAAUUGUUUUCCUCAUUAUUUUCUUAGUUCUUAUCUCAAAAUGCUGUCGCUAAAAAUUGAAACUUUAUCUCCAUGUUCUAAAACCUUGUUCUGCAAAUUUUAGUAGAUUUAGGAAAUUUCUGGUAACAGAACAAAAAGAUUCAUUUUUUUUUAUUAUUAUUUAUUUCUUAAUUAAUUAAUUAUACUUAAUGAGAAUGAAGAAGAACAAGUAAGAAGAGGAAUACACGGAAGAAGAAACAGAAGAAGAAGAAGAUGAAGAAGAGUUGGUGUGUGUGUAAUAUUUAUUUUCAGUGCUUUUUUUCCAGGCAUAAUUUUUUUGAAGCAAAGGGUAGUGUUGAGGGGAUUUACAUUUGUAUUAUUAGGUGUGGUCUAUUUGUUUGUGUAAUUAGUAGCAAUAGUGGGGAAUUGUUAUCCUUGAAAUGUUAUUCUUUUCUCCAAUUUAUUUUGGCUUUGUAUCUUUUCUAUUCAAAUCCCCAAUCAAACUAUAUUGUUUCCUUGAGUC